GUAGGGAGUUAAUAUUUAGCAUUGCUUGAUAUUUAUCUUAGCAAGCAGAGUACUGCAUUUGGAUUUGUUCUGAGGUUUUGGAAAUCUGCAGCCAUGUUUCCAGUUCUGUUUAGCUUAUGCUUGGUUGCAAUAACCCAUGUUGCUCUUGCGAGUAAAGUUUGUCCAAGGCCUCCGGAAAUACCUCUGGCUACCACCAACACAAAUAAAGCAGGAUACUGGCCUGGAGAAGACAUUGUAUAUCAGUGUAACCCAGGUUAUGUUCCCCAGUAUGGCUCAAGGAGAUAUAUAUGUCCUUCAUCUGGUGUAUGGCCUACCAUUACAUUCAGAUGUAUACCCAAGAAAUGUCCCUAUCCUGGACCCUUGAAUGAUGGAGCGAUAUAUGUCGAUGACCUCAAUUACUUGAGUGUCAUAAACUUUUCCUGUAAUACUGGGUUUGUUCUUGAAGGACCAACAAGCAGUCAAUGCCAGGCAGAUGGGAGCUGGAGUGCAAGCCUGCCUGAAUGCCAACCUGUGAUUUGCCCUCCACCUCCAGUUUCUGAAUUUGGAGUUCUCUCUUACCAUAAAAUUGAUUCUAGAGAUACAUUUAUUUUCCAAGACACAAUCAGAUUUAGAUGUCUGUUACCUUUUGCACUGUUUGGAAGUGAAACAGCUACCUGUCAGGCUGAUGGAAGUUGGAGUGCAUUACCUGAAUGCAAAUCUGUAGAAUGUCCUCCUCCAGAACCAAUAGAACAUGGAUUCAUAAACGGAGCUCUUCGUAAUAUUUUUCAUUACCAAGAUACUGUGAGUUAUGGUUGUAAUCUACCUUAUAUUAUGGAUGAUGCUUCAGAAUCAAGGUGUGAGAAAACAGGAACUUGGUCAAAUAAACCAACUUGCAAAGCACCAUGUAAAAUAUCACUUACAAGAGCAACAGUGUUAUACAAUGGACAGAAAAUAAAAGUGAAAGAACUUAACAGUAUACAACAUGCUGAGACAAUCUGGUUUUUCUGUGUAAGAAAAACAGAGAAGUGCAGUUAUGAAACACCAGCUCAAUGCAUAGAUGGCCAACUUUCAAUCCCUGACUGUUUUGAAGAACGUAGCUGGUGGGCAUCCAUUUGGACAAAAGAUCCAGCAAACAUGACUCCAUGUAGCAACUAACUGAAGAUAUCUCCCUGUCCUCCAUGAGGUAUCAAAAAAGGAGUGCUUAUAAAUGGAGAAUUCAAUUUUCUUCAGGAUCACAGCUAUUUGAAAUACAAACAUAUACUUUCAAUCAAUGACAUACUUACACUUAAAUUGCAUAUUCUCCUGAUAUUUUUGUCCAUCAUAUUACUUUUCUGAAUACAUGUACCCAGUAUAUGUACAAUUAAUGCUCUUUUAUCAAAUAUAAGGCAAACAAUAAUGCACUAUUGUUUACUUUGAUGGGAUUCUUAUUAUUUUAAUAUUUUGCUUUGUAAAUUAGUCUAAAACUAUUAGAUUGUUUUGUUCUAUGAUGCAUAAAAUACCCCGACACUUUUCUAGCUUUGAUUUAAUAAAACAUGCAUAUACCCCAAUUAUGAAAA